CCACGGUAUCUGCAAUUCCCAGCUGCUCCCAGGCAUCAGAGUGGGAUCACAGGGAGGACACAACAAACGAGCUGCAGCAGUAUGUCAGGGGAGCAGGUCAGAUGACACAAUUGUCUGCAGCUCCACUGGGGGAGGUCUGUGCUAUGGAAGUCAUUGGAGAGUCACAAGAGCAGCUAGGGAGGAAGUAAGUGACGAGGAAGAGACGAUCUGCCCGAGCUUCACUUCAUGUAACACUAUCCAGGCUGCCUGGGCAACUGUCCUACCUGUCAGAGUAUGGGGGCAGCAGAGACACCACUUUAGAUUGGAGUCAGUUCACAUUGUAGGUAACUUGGUAUCUAGGACAUGUCUGGAUAUUUGAGGAACACUUUUUAGACUUCUGGGUAUUUGAUUAUGGAUGAUAAGAUAGAGGAAAUUUUUGGGGAUGAGGUGGAGAGCAGGACCUCACUGGAGGUGUAUGAUGAGAUGGUCACCACCAUGGCUGGGAGCAUUUAUUCUGAGCUGGAGAAACUAGUUGGCGCCUAUGGCCAGGAGGCGGUGACAGGCCUAAUGCCCCUAAUGGUCUCUGUACUUGAAAGCCUGGCAAUGACUUGUACCCGUGCCAGGGAGAAGGAAGACCAACUGGAGAUGGUUCAAGAGGAUAAGCAGAGACUGCUGAUCCAGUAUGAAAGAGAGCGGGAUGGACGCAAGCGGGCAGAAGAGAGGUGUAUGGAAAUGGAAGAUAGCAUUGAACAGGAAAGGAAAAAUGUUAAAGUCCAUUUUCUAAAUAUGGAAGCUCAAACUAAGACCAUGGAGAUGAAAGCCCGAAGUUAUGCAGACCAGAUUGUUGGGUUGGAGGAGCAAAAGGCACUUCUGAACAAGGAGCUUACCUCACUUACACAACUCCAUGCUAAGAUUGUGAAGAACUACAAAGAGCUAAGGUACCAAAGAUCACUUUCUUUAGAAGCUUCUCGACUCUCUGUGCGAAACACUUCACAGCAGGGCUUGGAGAAGAAGUUAAUGCUGCAAGAUUUUCAGGAUGCCCCAUCAUCUCUAGAAAGCAUUCCAGAUGGUGGAUACCCUUACAACCUUAGUACUGAAAAAGUUUUAAUAGAAGAAUGUAAACCAGUGAUCACAGAAAACAAUUCUCAAGCUGUUCCAAAUAACCUUCCUAAAGAAGUGCCCGAGAAUGAAGCAAUUCCGCUAAAAGAUGAACUGCAGCCACAAGCUGAAGAACUCCUGCAGCCAGAAAUACCAUCUGUUGUUGAUGACAUCAUUAAUUCUACUCCAGAACUGAAAAUAAAUUUGGAAGCUAUUGAAGAAAGUAAUCCCAAAGUUAAUUCAGAUCUAGAAGAGGAAGCACGUGAGCGGAACAAUGAUUCACUAUUUGAUGAGAUGUAUGGAACAAGUCCAGAAUUUAUUGCAGAUGUUGAUGAGGGUGCGGACUUACAAGGUGGUAAUCCUGUUGAUGCCUUGAUGAUGGAGAAUGCCCAGCUGAGAGAUGCACAGACUGAAGUUGAUAUGGCAAGAAAGAGUCUUAUUGCAAGAGUGGAGGAGUUGACGGCAGAGCGAGAGGCACUCAAAAGCGAGAGAGACUCUGUAAUGCAAAAUCUGUCUCGAUGUGAAUUCAAGCAAAGAGAGACAGAGCAGGAACUUCAGAUGACUCGCAUUGAACUGGAUGAAGCAAGAAAACUAUGCAGAGAGGAUGCUGAGGUGGAUAUUCCAGCUUCCCAAAGAAAACGAUUCACCAGAGCAGAAAUGGCACGUGUUCUAAUGGAAAGGAAUCAGUACAAGGAGAAACUUAUUGAACUUCAAGAUGCAAUACGCAGAACUGAAAUGUUGAGGGCUUCCAAGGAGGUUCAAGAGGUACAGAUGAAAAAAUCUUCCUUCUGGAAGGUGUUUGAUAGAUUAUUUAGUUCCUCUGCUGCCCCACAAGGAAAAGCAGUAACGCCACCAACAAAACCUUCUCCAGUGUUGAACAGAGCCCAGUCUUCUGCUGCUAUCAUGUAUUCUGCUGGUGGACACAGUGUAACACCAAACCAGUCUGUGAAUUUCCAUAUGUCUAAUACCUCAGAUGAUGUUGAUGCUGUUUCAAUUCGAGGAAAAAAACAGGAACAUUAUCGCCAAAUUCGUUCUCACAUAUGGAAAGAGCAUGGGAGAGCACAGAUUCAUGGCUGGAGCAUUCCUGCUGUUUUACAAAAUAGGGGUGACUGUAAUGCAGAAAGUGAGUCUAAGGAUGUGCCUGUGUUAGUCCAGCUUCGACUCUUAGAUCAGAAGGAUCCUAGAACAAAGCUGUGGUGUGCAACUGGAACAUCAGCAACAGACUUAGUGGACGAAAGAAACAGUGAUGGUACGCACUUGAAUAGUUUAGCUUGGAUCUGUUCCGGUACACAUUCUGUCAGCGAGAUCAUGGUGAUAGAUGCAAGUUCUUCAAACCAUGUUAUGGACCAGUUUGAAAUUCACAAUGCACAUGUCCUCUGCGUGACUUGUGUACCAGCCCACAGACUGAAUUGUGAAGAAGAGGAGCAAGAAGCCUGCAGAGAUGUCAAUAAAGGUGCCACAAUCUGGCUGGGAACACAGGAAGGAAGUUUAUUCAUUCAUUCGGCUGUAUCUGGAUGGAGGACAUGCCUUCAGAAAAUACAACUUAAAGAUGCAAUUCACAGUAUUACGCAUAACAAUGACCGUGUAGUAACUACUCUGGGUGAUGGGACACUAGCAAUUUUUAAAAGGAAUGCUGCUAGGUACUGGGAUUUGGACAAUCCAAAAGUUGUGGACUUGGGUAGGCCACAACAAACAAUCCGCUGUUCUGUGGCUGUUCAUGAAGAAGUGUGGUGUGGUUACAGGAAUAGAAUAUAUGUCGUGGAUCCAAGGAUGGCCAAAAUUAAAAUAUGGUUUGAAGCAACACCUCGCUCUGAAAGUCAAGUAAGACAUAUUGCUGCUGCUAGAGAUGGAGUGUGGGUAUCUGUUCGCUUGGAUUCUAUUCUACGUCUGUUCCAUCCAGAGACUGGGCAACCUUUACAAGAACUGGAAUUAGAGCCUUUCAUUCAAAGAAUGUUUGGUUUUAGCAGUUUUAAGUCAAUGGCACAAGUUUCUGCACUGUCUGUAUUCUGUGAUCGCUUGUGGGUUGGAACUUCCAGCGGUGUUAUUGUUUCCAUCCCUUUCUCCAAUGGAGCAAAGGAACGGACAGGAGAAAACAAAGACAUAUUUAAUCCAACUGGCCCCUACUGUUCCCUGGAGUGUGCACAAGUCUCGUUUCAUGGCCACAGAGAUUCUGUUAAAUUCUUUGCAUGUGUUCCAGGUUGCAUCAACCUUUCCUUGCCAGGAGGGGGCAGUAAGAGGGCAACAAACUCAAAUAUGUUAGUGAUGAGUGGAGGUGAAGGAUACAUCAACUUCAAGAUUGGUGAUGAAAUUGGAGACACUGAUGAGGGUUAUGGAGAUCUUCUACAAACAAGAUACAGGAGAUCAGAAAGAAGCCAUCUAAUUGUAUGGCAGAUGCAAAGUUAAUGACAGAAGGCCAUCAUAUAACAUUAAAAUACACUGACAAGACAGACUUGUUAUGUAAAAUGUAAUGUAUAUGUAUUUUUUAACACCUCUUCUUAGGACCCAUUCACACCACAAUUUGGUGCAUAUGCCAUGCUAUAAUCUCCGCAGAAUGUCAGCAACUUCUCUCAAUGGGAAGUCAAUGUAUUGCCUAGUGUGCCCUAGGGCUGGGCGGUAUACCGCUUCAUACCGAAUUUUUUGUCCUGCACGAUAUGAAUUUUCCCCCAUACCACAAUACUGGUUGAGCCCCUCCCCCUCGGGAAUGUGUCAGCCCAGCGCUGUCCCCACAUCGGGGAA